GUGCGAGGUAAACUGGCACAUUUCACACAAACGGAGUAUCCACGGUUUUCACCGCGAGACCAGAGCUAACGUAUAGCCUCAAGCAGCGGCUCCCUACACGGAAAUGUUUCCAUAGGCCUUUGUACGCGCUACAGCCAGGCUCUGGGCGCAUAGUCUCCUUUAGCAGCGUUGCGCACCAUUCAUUCAUUCGAUUGUAGAAAAGAGAGACCCUUUGAUGUCCUGUGUGGUUUCAUAGUGCGUUUUAGAGCGUAUCCAGCAUCGCGCAACCUCCGUUUGAGCGUGUGGGGCGUGUACAGUACAUCCAUAGAUGAGCCUCAGCUUUAGCCUGUUGUGGAGAGGGACAUGUGAUAUUUCCAGUGUUGGUGACCAUUCCGGAAAGCACAGCCACUGCCAGAAUAAGUGACAAGAGUCCAGGCACAGUGGACAGCUCAUAGACGUCCUGAAAUGAAAGCAAGGAUAGACUCUACGUGAUCAUUUGCUCAUGUCCGAGUUCCCUCCUGUGUCCAGGCUUCCACAGCAGCCGCACAGACAGAGCUGCUACUCUGUCUGUGUCCCUCUAUUCAAGUCCAUGAACUGGCAACCUAAUCAGGACUACAGGAUUCACAAUUAAGAGCAACUUCUUUUUUAUAUCGCGAUUUGACCUUUAUACUUCUGAAAUCAUGGGAUCCAAUGGCUAUGGCUACUACCGAGUGGUCAUUUUCUUCAGUAUGUUCACAGGAUACUCCCUGUACUUCUUCAAUAGGAAGACUUUCUCAUUUGUUAUGCCAUCUGUGAUGGAAGAGAUCAAGCUGGACAAGGAUGACCUGGGUCUGAUAGCCAGCAGCCAAACCAUGGCCUAUGCCAUCAGUAAGUUCAUCAGUGGAGUCCUGUCAGACCAGAUCAGUGCACGCUGGCUCUUCUCCAUCGGCCUGUUUCUGGUCGGAGGCAUCAACAUCGUGUUCUCCUGGUCCUCCACGGUCACCAUGUUCUCUCUGCUCUGGUUCAUCAAUGGUCUGGGUCAAGGCUGUGGGUGGCCCCCAUGUGGAAAAGUGCUGCGUAAGUGGUACGAGCCCUCCCAGUUUGGGACAUGGUGGUCCGUCCUGUCCUGCAGUAUGAACCUGGCGGGCAGUCUGGGCCCUCUGCUGGUCACUGUCCUGCUGCAGUACUACGACUGGAGAACCAUCCUCUCCAUGUCAGGCAUUUUCUGUGCAGCCUUCUCCUUCCUCUGUAUGGCCUUUGUGAAGAACGAGCCCAAAGAUGUGGGUCUAACCAGCAUCGAGGCAGCAGCUAAGAAGAAGGGAGGAAACUGUGAGAGCACUCUUCAGGAAUUCCUCUUCUCUCCUUUCCUGUGGGUGCUGUCUCUUGGGUACUUGGUCGUUUUUGGGGUCAAAACUGCCGCUACUGACUGGGGCCAACUAUUCCUUAUGCAAGAAAAGGGCCAGACUACUCUAAUGGGCAGUAGCUACAUGAGCGCACUGGAGGUUGGAGGUUUUGCUGGCAGCCUUGUAUCGGGGUUCAUUUCAGACAGAGCUGUUGCGCGGCAAGGGCUGAGUACCCAUGGUAACCCUCGCCAUAGUCUGCUUAUUCUUAUGAUGGCUGGGAUGUAUGUGUCCAUGUACUUGUUUAGAGUCACGAUUACACCUGAGAUCCCACAGGAGCUGCCACUUUGGUUUCAAGUUCUUCAUCCUUUCUCAUUAUUGUGUGGCAUUUCAGAAAAAGAGAUCUGGAUAUUGUUCCUUGGGGCCUUGUUUGGAUUCUGUUCUUAUGGACCCAUUGCCUUGUUUGGUGUGAUCGCCAGUGAAAGUGCUCCUUCCAACUUUUGUGGCACUUCUCAUGCUGUUGUUGCUCUGAUGGCCAAUGUGGGGGCUUUUAUGGCAGGACUUCCCUUCAGCACAGUGGCCAAACAGCACAGCUGGGACACGGCCUUCUGGAUGGCUGAGGUGAUGAUGGGUGUUGCUACUGUGGGGUUCUUUCUUCUCCGCAACAUGCGCACCAAAAUGGGUCCAACUGCUGAGAAGACUGAGUGAAAUUAUACAUAACACACUGGUAUAAUAUUUGUUGUGACCACUCAUACUGAUUUAAAGAUGAUAUGUUUUAGAGCUGCUACAGGAAACACUUGUUUAUACUCGCUUAAUAAUUUCAAUGUCGGAAUGCUUUAAAUGUAAUUUAAUAGAAUGUUUGCCAUAACUCUGUACUUUACCUCACACAUUGUACAAUUGUAAAUGAAGAUAUUUUCACAUAAAACUGUGCUCUAUUUUUAGAUUGUAUAAAAACUAGUUAGUUAAACAUUAGAUACUUGGCAGCACAGAAUGUACUUUAUUUUAUUUACUAUUAGGCAUUUCAUUGUGUUAAAAGCCAUUUUGGUAUAUUUUAGAAAUGUUUAAUCUGUGUGCACUUAACUUAAAACACAAUAAAUGUCUAUCUAACUU